ACACUGCUCCGGCUCCGGCCACAGCCGAGACGAGACUAGGCAGCAACCGCUUGCUCAGAUCGGCAGCUUCGGCGGCGGCGACGGCGGCGGAGAUGGCGAUCCGGUACUGGCCGAUGGCCGCGGCAGCCGUUGGGUUCCGCCUCGUCCUGGUUCUCUUCGGCGGAGACCUCCACCUUGCCUCUCGCCCUGAGGUCUCCACCCCCCUCACCUCCCUUCGCCGCCUGGCGGAAGGCUACUGGCUGAAGCAAGCGUCCGUGUCGCCGUACUCCGGUUCUAUGUAUCACGGUUCUCCGUUGCUCCUGUCUGUUCUUGGUCCAUUAACUAAUAGCAGGGCAGAUGGACAUCAUGCUCAUAUUUACUGCAGUUUGAUUUUUGUGGCUGUAGAUUUUCUAGCAGCCAUGCUCAUCCGAGCAACUGGGCAUAAACUCCAAAUGGCACGGAGCAGAAGUUUGAAGUUGCUUGAUCUCACAAAGGCAGUAAACGAUACAGUUAAUGUAAGCGCUGGAGAUGUUGCUUCUCUCAUAUAUUUGUGGAACCCUUGGGCAAUAGUCACUUGUGUGGGUUCAUGUACAUCACCAAUCGAGAAUCUAAUGGUUGUAAUAAUGAUCUAUGGAGCCUGUUCACGUCUGGCUCCUCUUGCUGCUUUUGGAUAUGUUAUGGCCACGCAUCUCUCUCUUUAUCCUGCAAUUCUCGUUGUACCGGUCAUUCUUUUGCUGGGUUAUGGUCCAGAUGCUCCUCCACCAAAAGUAUUUCUUAUAAAAGACAAUGAUAAAACAACCAGACAGAGAGUUGUUCAGCAGUUUUCAUGGAAACCGGUACUUCACUUUAUAUUUUGGCUGUUUAUCUGGUCGUGCCAUGUGUUGUUAUUGAGCAGCGUGAUUCUGAAGAAAGUUGGUGGCCUCCACGAGAUGUUUGAAAAGACAUAUGGUUUUAUACUUACAGUGAAGGACCUAUCACCAAAUAUCGGUGUUUUAUGGUACUUCUUUGCUGAAGUCUUCGACUUCUUUAGGAAUUUCUUUCUUAUAGUCUUCAAUAUGAACAUCAUUUUUAUGGUCUUGCCAUUGGCUGUCCGAUUGAAGCAUCGUCCAUGCUUUCUUGCAUUUGUUUACACUGCAAUUGUGGCAAUAUUGAAAUCUUAUCCGUCGGCUGGAGAUUCAGCUCUGUAUCUUGGUCUUCUGGGUUUAUUUGUCAAUGAAUUAGCAGAAAUGCAGUUCACAUUCUUCUUGUUUUUCGGAUAUAUUGGAGUCUCCCUACUUAGCCCUGUCAUGCAUAAUCUGUGGAUCUGGAGGGGCACUGGUAAUGCAAAUUUCUACUUCGCCACUGGUUUGGCUUAUACUUGCCUUCAGACUGUGUUGCUGGUAGAGAGUGUAAGUUCAAUGAUAAAGCACGACAGAAAGCUAAGGUUACUUGUUACAAGCUAACUUGGUACAUCAGACAAUUCAGAAGCUCAAGUGGCCAACAGCUCCGAUGCUUGCAAUUUUCUUUCUGGCGCUCUUGAUUCUUGAACACAAACAGCUCCUGACCCUGGAGUUUGUAGAUGUAGCUCAUAUUCGGUGUAGCAUGUUGUAUUGUAGACCCCCCACACUUGUACAAUACGAGGACCACAACUCCUUUAACAAAGACAGAACACGACAGGGCUCGCCCUUGGUGACUAAACUCGUGCUCGCUACCGAGCAUUGUGAUGAUUCUGUGAUCUUUAGUGAUGCAGCUUGGUUGAAUUGCCUCGCGUACAAUUAA